AUGGCCAGUUUCACUGAGGCCGAACUGCUAAAGGGGUUGUGCUCUGCUCAGAUGGAGGCAACUGCCUUAGCAGGAGCCCUUCUGAGAAAGGUUGCGGCUUCCAAAGGCAAAGUGGGGCCACUGAAGGUAAAGUUGGAGGAGGCGAAGGUCCAACUUGAAAGUUUGAGGAGAAAAACUGCCGGAUGGAAGAAGACCGUGCGGAGUGUGUGCAGUAGGGGGCUGGAGGAGGCCCAGAAGGCCAAGAAGAUGGAAGUGUUGGCAAUGGUACAGGGCUAUUCAGCCGAUCAGGCCAAUGCAGAGAUGCUUGCGACCAAGUUGAUAAGGUUUUUGGUAGAUAGCUACAACAAUCCAAUUCCAGCAAUUUUGGAGAUUCCUUCCAAGGACCAUCCUUACGAUCCAACACAUGAUUCUGUUCUUUCAAGAGUGAAGUACCUCUUCUCUGCUGAAUCAGUGGCAUCGGGAAGGCGCUAA